UCUUAAUUUCACGAAGCUGAGGAACGUAUGUGCACGCAAGCAAGGGAUUCUGUGAAGUAGGUACGCAGGCGUGAGGGACGGCGGUGGCUGAUCUGUAACUCAAGGCUUUCCCAGUACAAGCCAUGGGGAGCGGAGGCGUCAUUCUUCUUUGGACCAUACUUUUAGUAUGGUGCAAAGAAAGCAUCGCAUCAAGCAACGAAAUCCGACUCGUGGGUGGAAAUUCUACCAGGCAGGGACGGGUUGAAGUGUACCAUGACGGACAGUGGGGGACCGUCUGUCACAACGGUUUUGAUAUAAACGACGCCCACGCGGUGUGUCGUGAGCUGGGAUACGGACUCGCUACCGAGGUCCGAUCUCAUGCAGCCUUCGGCGAGGGGUCAGGCCCGGUCUGGCUGAAUGACGUGGCCUGCAAGGGUUUCGAGCUGGCCAUCAGACAUUGCAGCCACACCGGAUGGGGCAAAAAUAACUGUCAGCACCACGAGGACGUUGGUGUGGUCUGCUCGGGAUGUGGAGGUCUCUUUAAUAGCGAGACUGGUACCCUCACGAGUCCCAACUACCCCCAGGACUACUCUCACAACCUCGAGUGUGAAUGGACUAUCGUUGUUGUUUUCGGCAACCGAGCGUCGAUCAUUUUUGAUCCCAACUUCUAUAUCGAACCACACGACAGCUGUGUUAACGACUACGUCAUGAUUCGAGAGCUCUAUAUAAGUCGCAAGGACGUCCUUGGAAGUAGGAAUCUUCCUCUCUUUCUCUCUCGGCCUCUCGGUACUUUCUGUGGAAACAACGCCCCCCCACCCAUCCAGGGCACCGGUGUCACCUUGUCCGUCAGGUUUCGCUCGGACUCUAGCCACAGUGGCAUGGGAUUCUCUGCCAACUGGACAAUUGAAUUAGACCCCAAGCCAUGUGGAGACUUUCCGUGGGACGCCGAUGACGUCACAGUGCACUGUAACUACAGCUCGAGUGGUAUUUGCACUGUCAGAUGCCCUUCGGAAGCGACAAUGUUGACGGGACCUUUCUUUGAUGCCGACAACCGAGGCGGAGUCUACCACUGUAAUAUCUACACUAGGACAUGGGAGGGAAUAAAACCUGUUUGUCUGGGUCGCAAAAACUCAUCUGUUGUUGUUACGGACGAGACCAACCAGAUCCGUCUGGUGGGUGGAGAGUUUUACGGCUGCGUGGAGAUGUACGAUAACGUGACAAACCAGUGGGGGCCUGUAAGGGGAGAAGACCAUGUGAGAAAGGCAUGGACUGACGUAGCAUGUAGAAACCUUGGGUUUACCAAAGGACUUGCUACCGAAGCCUACCUUUUAUCUAAUGGCAUCGUCAGUAAUGGUACUGUUAUGCCCCUGGCGUACAGUUACUUUCCAGGCUAUCCUUCAACGGGACCGAGGUUUGUCAUUGACAUGCCAAGCCCUGAUCUUGAAUACGGAAGUCUGCGUGAUGCCAUUCGAAUUCAAUACGUGGAUCGAACAUGCUCUCCCGGUCAGUCAUGUGACUAUGACCUUGUAGACAGCAUCAUGUGCAUGGCGUGUGCAGGAGAACGGAAUUUGGACGGUGAAUACAUUGAAGACCGAAAAGACACAACUGGGGAUGGUGUAUUCCGCAGGACUACAACCACACGUGCACCACGCCAUGUAUUUGAUACAACCGUCGCCGCAUAUUAUGAAGGGUCAAAAAUCGGCGCUAACGUGACGUGCACAUCUUACCACCUUCUGGUCAGUUUUCUCCACACUUUGAACGACAGAAGAUACAACAAAGAAGACGUCCAGUUAGCAGCGCCACCUUGCAGUGCUGAGGAGAACUCCACCCACAUCUACAUCCAGACCCCCCUCACGGACUGUGGCACUGAGAGACGGGUCACAGAAGACAGCAUCAUCUACAGUAACACUCUGACUGUCAAGCUUAACGCUUCUGGGACGAUUCAGGUCAGCGUGGAGUGUCACCUGCCUCGACACAAGCAACUGACCGUCGGCAUCAACCACCAACCAGUGGUCAAGUCCCUUGUCGUUGGUACAGCCGAGUUUACCGUCUCUAUGGACCUGUACCUCAGUGAUACCUUCAUGUCCCCUGUCUCGGAAUACCCCCUAUAUGUGAUGGUAGGGCAGAUGCUCUACGUGCAGAUACAGUUGACAUCAGACGACUCCAAUCUUCAGGUGUUCGUGAAACAUUGUUUUCUAACCUUCACGGAGAUCUAUAAUCACGCGAACACUGAUAACAUUGUCAUAAUCAGGAACGGGUGUCUACAGGACUCAAGCACUGUUCGUCGCUAUCCGCCACCGUCCACAAUGGAGGAGCGGUUCGGUUUCCAGGCCUUUACAAGUGCCAUAAAGUCACACAAGAUGUUCCUCCACUGUUUUGCCGUGCUGUGUAACGCCACGGACCCGAACUCCCUGUGCGCCCGGGGCUGCGAUCUGGAUCAGCACCCGGACAGACGGAGGAGGCAGCCCGAGGAAAGCACUGAUGUCUACCGGUACCAGCUGGUCCGAGGUCCCAUCUUGCUGAACGAUGAUGAAACAACUCGUGAAGACGUCUCAACAGGUGAAGACGUUGAAGACACCUCAACGUCAAGUCACGCCGAGCGCGUGACAUCUUCUUUCAUGGGAGCAUGCGCAGUGUUGAUCGCCGCCAUAUUGAUCAUCAUCUCGAGCUAAGCAUGGCGGGAAGACAGGACAAAUGACAAAGAGAGAAAGAAACCACCUACUUGUUAUUUCUCUGGACAUGUUAUAACUUAUUCUUGCAUUUCGUGUAAUAUCAGAGUUUAUUAUCUGUGCCGUAUACGUAAAUUUUACUACAAAUUAUAUCGUUAUGCUAUAUCUGAUUAUUAUGAAAAGCGGUAUGUUAAACAGAGUGCCUACAAUAAGUCACAACCAGGCUCCACAUAUCACUGUAAAGACUAGAAUUGUAAAGAUUGGCCCCAAAUACAGAUAGCAAUUGUCAGAGGACACUAUGAGUUCCCAACUGUACUUCUUAAGAAGUACAGUUCGGUCUCCUAACGCCUCUAGAAUGUUGCCUAUUUCACAAAUUUCUACAGUUUUACCAUCAACAAUCGGAUUCUGCUGGAGGUUAACGUUCAAUAAAUAAGUGCAUCGCUUGUCAUAAAGCAAUACACAUGAUUAUGAAAAUA